GAGAGAGAGAGAGAGAGAGAGAGAGAGAGAGGGCGAACAGGGAGGAAGGCUGCAGCGUAAAGGACUAACAUGAGCGUGUAGCUCAAAUGCUUUUGCCUUCUCAAAUCAACAAAGAAGCGAAGCAGCUGAAUAUCUCGGCGAGCGGAUGGCAAUAGUCUCCGAGCGGUUCGUCAGCAGACUGGGAGAAGGAGGAAUCCCAAACGCCUCUCCCAAUCAACGCCUAUUGGAAAACGAAUAGUACAAGACAAGCCCCGCUGAAGACCAUCACAUUUGGGAUAUUUUACCCUGUGUUAUUGCCGAUAUUUUGCCUCUUGGACUCGCACCUCUACUCAGCGCUAUUCCAGACGUAGGGAAUUCGCUUGUUUACGUAUGCUUCCCAUUACGAGGAAAGACGGAUCGUAAAUAAAAACAGGAGCCUCUGGUUUUGCAUAUCGCUUUUUUGCAUCCUAUUUGAUUGUUCCGCUUAAAUGAGAGAAUCAGGUUGAUCCAACUAGUGGUUUGGGGGAUUAAAUCAUCACAGCAUCCAUCUAUACGUGCAUGUAUACUGAUGACGUGAUGACUUCCACGGGUAUAGCGACCCCCUGAAUCAAAACCUGUUUUUGAAACCGUCUGUUCUUGCAGAGAAGCCAGCUGCAUCUCAGGUGAGCGUCAUCAUGGUGGUUUUUAAUGGAGUGUUGAAGAUCAAGGUUUGCGAAGCUUUGGACCUGAAACCUACCGCAUGGUCGCUCCGGCAUGCUGUGGGACCAAAGACCCAGACCUUCCUCUUGGACACAUAUAUCGCCCUCAACGUGGACGAUUCCCGUGUGGGCCAAACUUCUACCAAGCAGAAGACGAAUAGUCCAACUUGGAACGAUGAGUUCGUAACAGAGGUUUAUGAUGGGAAGAAAAUCGAACUGUCUGUCUUUCACGACUCGCCGAUUGGCUAUGAUGACUUUGUGGCCAACUGCACUAUACAGUUUGAAGACCUGCUGCAGAAUGGCAGUAUGCACUUUGAAGAUUGGAUCGACUUGGAGCCCGAGGGCAAAGUGUACGUCAUCAUCGAUCUGACAGGAUCCUCUAGUGAAGCUGCAUCAUCCAAUGAAAAUGAGGAGAGAGUGUUCCGUGAGCGGAUGCGUCCACGCAAACGUCAGGGAGCUGUCCGAAGGCGCGUCCAUCAGGUCAACGGUCACAAGUUCAUGGCCACCUACCUGAGACAGCCCACCUACUGCUCCCACUGCAGAGAUUUCAUCUGGGGUGUAUUGGGAAAACAGGGGUAUCAGUGUCAGGAGUGUACCUGCGUGGUCCAUAAGAGAUGCCAUGAGCUCAUUAUAACAAAAUGUGCUGGCUUGAAGAAACAGGAAGACACUCCUGAAGAGGUUGGCUCCCAGCGCUUCAGUGUAAACAUUCCACACAUGUUCAGCAUUCAUAAUUACAAAGUCCCCACCUUCUGCGACCACUGCGGCUCCUUACUUUGGGGACUGAUGCGGCAAGGCCUGCAGUGCAAAGCCUGUAAAAUGAAUGUCCAUCGACGCUGUGAAAGUAAUGUAGCUCCUAGCUGUGGUGUCGAUGCCAGAAAAAUUGCUAAAGUGCUGUCUGAUCUCGGGGUGACGCCAGAUAAGAUCUCCAACAGUACCCAGCGCAGGAAAAAGUUGACUCCAGGGCAGGACCCUCAGCAACCCACAACAGAAGUCCCCACAUCAGAGGAAUCUGACCGAUGCAAAUCAGCUCCAACUUCACCUUGCGACCAGGCGGAGCUUGCAGAACUGGAGAGUAUCCGCAAGGCCCUUUCAUUCGGCCAGGAGCGCAAGUCUUCCUCCUCUUCCACAAGCAGUGGCGUUCAGAGCACAGCGACCGAGGGCCGGGAGAAUGGAGAUGUGGUGACUGUCCAGACGAAGAAGAUGAGUCUCACCGACUUCUCAUUCAUCAAAGUGCUGGGCAAAGGCAGCUUUGGCAAGGUGAUGCUGGCGGAACUGAAAGGCACAGAUGAAGUUUACGCUGUGAAAGUAUUGAAGAAAGACGUCAUCCUUCAAGAUGAUGAUGUGGACUGCACUUUGACAGAGAAACGCAUUCUAGCCCUGGCUAGAAAACAUCCCUAUCUAACCCAGCUAUUCUGCUGCUUCCAGACAAAGGAUCGGUUGUUCUUUGUUAUGGAGUAUGUGAACGGAGGAGACCUGAUGUUUCAGAUCCAGCGCUCACGAAAGUUUGAUGAAGCUCGUUCCCGUUUCUACGCAGCUGAGGUCACAUCUGCGCUUAUGUUCCUGCAUCAACACGGCGUCAUCUACAGGGAUCUGAAGCUGGAUAACAUUCUGUUGGACGCUGAAGGCCACUGUAAACUGGCCGACUUUGGCAUGUGCAAAGAGGGCAUUCUGAAUGGGGUCACGACCACCACCUUCUGCGGGACCCCUGACUACAUUGCACCUGAAAUCCUGCAGGAGUUGGAGUACGGCCCGUCGGUGGAUUGGUGGGCUCUGGGCGUUCUCAUGUAUGAAAUGAUGGCCGGUCAGCCUCCGUUUGAAGCUGACAAUGAGGACGAUCUUUUUGAGUCCAUCCUCCACGAUGACGUGCUUUAUCCCGUGUGGCUCAGUAAAGAAGCCGUCAGCAUUCUGAAAGCUUUCAUGACAAAGAGCCCCAGUAAGCGUUUGGGCUGUGUGGUGACCCAGGGACUAGAGGAAGCCAUCAAAGUCCACCCUUUCUUCAGAGAGAUCGACUGGGUCUUGCUGGAGCAGAGGAAGAUCAAGCCCCCCUUUAAACCUCGCAUUAAAACCAAGCGCGAUGUGAAUAACUUCGACCAGGACUUCACUCGCGAGGACCCCAUGCUGACGCCAGUAGACGAAGCCAUCAUCAAACAAAUCAACCAGGAUGAAUUCAAGGGCUUCUCCUACUUCGGAGAGGAGGCUUUGUCUUAAAGUCUAACUUGGUGUCUGUCAGCUCAAAUAUAUGUUAAACACACCCACAAACACUCAAAAACCCACAUCGCAUCGCAAUACAUGAACACACUCCACAAAUGUUCUGAAGACGGGGCUCAGACCGGACCAGAGCAGAACGGCCAGUCCCUGUGGUUCAAUUCCUCUUUACUGCUGUUUUUGUUCUUUUAUUCUUCUCUAAAUCUCCGAAAAGAGAAAAACAAAACUGUACUACACAUGGAUCUCAUCACAGGCCUCAACAAGUUUGACAACCAAUCAGAAAACGAAUGUUCUCCGCAGCCCAAGGAAGGAAGGCACUACCUUAAACCAAAAUUGAUGGUGAACAUGAUUGUACUACAAUUUCGGACACCAGUCGGGUCUUCGUAAUCCCUCGAUGGAAAGGUCUUGCCCUUGAGGAGGAAUUUACCCUGCAUAAAUGACAAUUGAAAAAUGUUGUGCUGUGCAGUCAAAUGCCUUUUUGUGUAUUCAGGUGACAUUUUAGGAGCAAUUUUAUAAAAUAUUCAAAGACAUUUGUAGUAUAUAUAUAUAUUCCAUCAGUGUUAUAAAGGUCCAUUUGGAAUGAUGACCUGCUGUAAAUGGGUUGUGUUACGAAGUGUCGCCUGAGUAGGUGUGUGCAUGACAUGUAUGUGUCCUUGUGCAUGUGUUUGCAUGAAUGAGAGCGAGAGGCCCUUGCCCUCCUGAAGCUCUACGGUUGUUUUUAUGUUUUGCAAUGGCUUUUCAUUUGCGCUCGACUGUGCAAAGACUACAGUGUGUGUGUGUGUGUG